GAUAUAGCUGUCUUUAAAAAAAAACAAACCACCACCAACCCAUCUCUCUAGAUCAGAUCCAAGCCAACAAGUGGAUUUUAUUUGUAUUUUUUUUCACCCCACCACCCACUGGGGUGGGAAUAAAAAGUGUGUGUGGGGGGAGGGAAAGGCAGCGAUCUCCGUGGCGGGGGCUGAUUAUGGAAGAGCAGCCGGACAGUAAAAGUCACCGAGACUGUGCUACAACAACUACCAGCAGCAGCAGCAGCAGCGAUGGAGAAAGCGUCCCCGUCUCCCCCAGCCACGCGCCGUCCUCGCCCGCAGCGCCCUGCAUCCUGCCUAUGCCCCACCACCACCAGCCGCAGCCGCAGCAGCACCGCACCACCAACUUUUUCAUUGACAACAUCUUGAGGCCGGACUUUGGCUGCAAGAAAGAGACGCUCCUGAUCGUCGGCGCAGCAGCAGCAGCAGCAGCAGCAGGAGGAGGAGGUGGUGGAGGCGGCGGCCGGGACAGAGACCGAGAUCGCGGUCAGACAUCAGGUAGAGAAAACGUCAACCCACUGAUAACGAGGCCAUCCAACCCGUCCUCUCUCCUUUGCCCGGAUUCAAACUGUAACCCCGACAGCUCCUCCUCGGCGCCUCCUGCUGCAGCUGCUGCCUCUAAAGCGAACCCCGCCGCGGCAGCAGCCGUAGCAGCAGCGGUAGCGGCCGCCAAGCCACCCUCCGAAGGGAGUGGAACUAACCCGGCGAAGUAUGGGGAACACGCCAACCCCGCCAUCCUGCUCAUGGGCUCUAAUAAUGGAGGACCUGUUGUAAAGAGCGAUUCUCAACAGCCUCUAGUAUGGCCUGCCUGGGUUUACUGCACUAGGUAUUCAGACAGACCAUCUUCGGGUCCGCGGACCCGGAAACUGAAGAAGAAGAAGAACGAGAAGGAGGACAAGCGGCCCCGAACCGCCUUCACCGCCGAGCAGCUGCAGAGACUCAAGGCGGAGUUCCAGGCCAACCGCUACAUCACGGAGCAGAGGCGGCAGACCCUGGCCCAGGAACUCAGCCUGAACGAAUCCCAGAUCAAGAUCUGGUUCCAGAACAAGCGGGCCAAAAUCAAGAAAGCCACGGGCAUCAAGAACGGCCUGGCGCUUCACCUCAUGGCCCAGGGACUGUACAACCAUUCCACGACCACGGUGCAGGACAAAGAGGAGAGCGAGUGAUCGGCACCCCC